AUGGCACCGUCGAGAACAGACGCAAAUGGCCAUGGCCGGGCCGACGUGUCCAUCUCCGACGUCCAAAUCAUAGGCUUCGAAGCUCACGAUCUCCGCUUCCCGACCAGCCUCGACCUGUCGGGGUCCGACGCCAUGAACCCAGGACCCAACUACAGCGCCGCCUAUCUCAUACUCAAGACCAAUACCAGCCUGCACGGCCACGGCUUCUCCUUCACCAUCGGACGCGGAAACAACCUCUGCGUCGAGGCGGCCAGGAUGAUCGCCCAGCGCCUCGUCGGCCGCUCCCUCGGCGACCUGACUGCCAACAUGGGCAAGACCUGGCGCCAUCUCGUUUCCGACUCGCAGCUGCGUUGGGUCGGUCCCGAGAAGGGAGUCGUCCACCUUGGCCUGAGCGCGUGCGUCAAUGCUCUCUGGGAUCUCUGGGCCAGGUUCCUCAACAAGCCCGUCUGGAAGCUGGUGUCUGAUAUGACGCCCGAGGAGUUUGUCGAUUGCAUCGACUUUCGCUACAUACUCGACGCUAUUAGCCCUCAAGAAGCCGUCGGCCUAUUACGGGAGAAUGAAAAGACCAAGUCGUCGAGGUUGGACGAAGCCAAGCGCAACCGAGCCGUUCCGGCAUACACGACGCAGGCCGGCUGGCUGGGCUUCACCGAUGACAAGAUGGUUCAGCUCAUCCAGUCCAAUAUCGAUGUCGGCAUGGACAAGUUCAAGUUCAAAGUUGGCGGAAACCUGGAUGACGAUAAACGUCGCCUAAAGAUUGCUCGCGACAUCAUAGGGUAUGACCGGAUGCUCAUGGUCGAUGCCAAUCAGGUAUGGAGUGUGCCCGACGCUAUCGAGUACAUGCUACAGCUCGUAGAGUUCAAGCCAGUGUUCAUCGAAGAGCCAACAUCACCGGACGAUAUCCUAGGCCAUGCUGCCAUUAGAAAGGCGCUGAAGCCUCAUGGCGUUGGGGUAGCGACCGGGGAGCAUUGCCAGAACCGCGUCAUGUUCAAGCAACUCCUUCAAGCAGGUUCCAUCGACUACUGCCAGAUCGACGCUUGCCGACUGGGCGGCGUGAACGAGGUCCUCGCAGUGCUUCUCAUGGCCAAGAAAUUCAACAUACCUAUCGUACCACACAGCGGCGGCAUCGGGCUCAACGAGUAUACGCAGCAUCUGGCGCUCAUCAAUUAUCUCUGCGUCUCUGGAGAGAAGAGCCUCCUGGAGCACAUAAACUCGUUUAGUCAGGUACUCACGCAGCCCUCGCAAACCAAGGAUGGCCACUUUGUCACCCCGUAUGAGGCCGGGUACAGUGUCGAGUACACCCCGGAAGCAAUCGCCCAGUACAGCUUUCCCGACGGCAGCUUCUGGAACAGCGACGAGGGCCUGGCAAUCCGCAAUGGCCCAGAGUUGUAG